AUUAUCAGCCGUUCGUUGAAGUUGCGUUCGUCGUUCUUGCUUCUUCCUCGCUCACCAUGCCUAUAUCUAAAGAAAACUCACGUAUAAAAUCAUUCAAAAACAAAGGACUCGACCAAGAGGAAAUGCGCCGAAGACGAAAUGACCGAACCAUCGAGCUUCGAAAGACGAAAAGAGACGAGCAAAUGCUCAAGCGUCGGAACGUGGCUGUCGAUGACGAGCCUUUCAGUCCGCUCAAAGACGCAAACCAGAUGGCAUUUCCGGCUUCUUUGUCUGACAUUUGGGACAAGAUUAAUAAUCCUUCAUCUGCAAUACAACUAGAAGGUGUGCAAGCUGCUCGCAGGAUGCUUUCUCGUGAACGAAACCCACCCGUGGAAUCAAUCAUAAACUCUGGAUUUAUUCCUCUUCUGGUCAACUUUCUGAAGACGUCUGAUAACCCUACGAUUCAGUUUGAAGCCGCCUGGGCUCUAACGAACGUGGCAUCCGGUACUAGUGAACAGACACGAGCCGUUGUCACUGCCGGAGCUACCCUACCGUUCAUCAAGUUACUCUCAUCACCGAAGACAAACGUUGCUGAACAAGCUGCUUGGGCAUUGGGUAACAUUGCAGGUGAUGGAGCCGAUUUGAGGGACUAUGUCAUCAAGCAAGGCAUCAUUCCUCCAUUAUUACAACUCAUCAAGCCCGACACAGGGGUAUCCUCUCUGUCUUUCCAGACACUGCUGUUUAUCAUUAUCAACUUGUGUUUUUUAUUUUGCCAGAUUUCGUUUCUACGGACUGUUGCUUGGGCGUUAUCUAACUUGUGCAGGAACAAGAACCCGUCUCCUCCAUCAGAAGCAGUUUCCAUGAUUCUUCCCGCUCUUUGCCAUCUUAUUCACAAUGGGGACACCGAGGUGGUUGCUGAUGCUGCUUGGGCUUUGUCGUAUCUUACUGAUGGACCCGAGGAAAAGAUUCAAGUUGUGGUUGAUGCUAACAUACUGCCUCGACUUGUCACAUUGCUUGCCUAUCAGGAAGUCCGAGUUGUAACACCUGCACUUCGAGCUGUAGGUAAUGUUGUUACUGGUUCUGAUUCUCAAACACAAGCUGCACUUAAUUGUGAUUUGCUUCGCUACAUUGCGAAUUUGUUGCUUCAUCCGAAGUCGACCGUUCAGAAGGAAGCUGCCUGGACGUUAUCCAACAUCACAGCAGGAACCGAAGAACAAAUCCAGAUGGUACUAGAUGCAGGCAUCGUGCAACCUCUUGUUGAGAUUCUUGCAAAGGCGGAUUUUAAAACUCAGAAAGAAGCGGUUUGGGCUGCAACAAAUUUCACUUCUGGUGGUUCAGUAGAGCAGGUGGUUUACCUGGUACAGUGUGGUGUGUUGAAGCCAUUGUGUGACUUACUGGAUGUAAAGGAUGCCAAGACUGUCACUGUUAUUUUGGAUGGCUUGUCUAAUAUUCUUGGUGCAGCUGCAUCUCUGAAGGAAGUUGACCAAGUUGGUAUGAUGAUUGAGGAAGCGGGAGGACUUGACAAAAUUGAAGCUCUGCAGAGUCAUGAGACUGAAGCUGUCUAUAAAUUGGCAUUUACUAUAAUUGACAAAUAUUUCUCAUCAGAAGAGGAGGGAGAAGAUGAGUCCAUUGCUCCUGCGACUACUGAGAAUGGCAUGUUUCAGUUUGGUUCCACUGCUAUUCCGCAAGAAGGGUUCAACAUCUAAAUAAUGAGGAUUCUUUACUAAAAACUGUUAGAGCCUUAAUUAAGAACUUUUCUUUAGUGAAAUUGAUGUUACUUAGUGGUCGUUGUAAGCCUUCUAUUUUCUUGUGAGUUGAGAAAAAUAAGAUGAAUUGAAUGAUGCAAAAGA